AAUGAAAAACCGAACUCAAGCUCAGCUCUUGAUUCAUAACUGGUAGCUCUGAUUAUUGCUGACUUGGGUGUCGGAGUGUCUACCCCAAGGCCAUACCUCGAGGCUAUGCAGGUUAAUCGAAGUAAGCAGUCGAGGAUAGGAGUGCUCUGGAGUUCUUGUGCAACAACAUUGGCGCCGUCUGUGGGAAACGAGCUAAAAGCCUAGUUAGCAGUUGCUACGAUGGUUAACACACGGUCAACGCAGCCUGGAAGCUUUCAACAAGGCCGAGGAAGAGGUCAAUUCUUUGGAGGAAAUCCUACAUCUCAUAAUGUGCCAUCACCCAUAGCUCAGCAUCAACAUGCAAAAGGAACCGGAGAGAAUAACCCACACCCAAUAGAGAUCCCAAACGAUCCUGUAACCACCCAACUUAAUGCUAUGCAACAACAGUUCGGUGUCUUCCAGCUUGUGCUUGCACAGUUAUUAGCAAGAGACAACUCAGCAAGAGACAACCCAGGUGACCCCCUCAUUAACCUAUUAAAUCCAACCAACCAAGCGCCCAAUCAACAGCCUCAACAAAAUGUCAUCUCACCACUUCGGACUGCCGACCCGCAGCAAAGCGAAUCCCAAGGCCAUUCACACAUGGCACCUCUACCGCCACAGCCACCCCAACCAGUUGCCUCAAAUGUCUCCAAGAGGCUAGAUAACCUAGAAAAAAUGGUAGCCGAGAACCGAAAUCCCCACCCCCCGGCUCAACCUAGCUCCACCCCAAUCCCCACUCCCCUUAAUACUAACAUCAUCCAAGAACCAUACCCGUCUGGAUUCAAAAUGCCUCACUUCGAGAUGUAUGAUGGCACUAAAGACCCCGAUGACCACCUGCACACAUUCUGCUCUGUCAUGCAAGCUCAGAAUGCCUCAGAUGCUUUGAUGUGCAAAAUAUUUCCCUCCACAUUGCGAGGGAAUGCUCGGACUUGGUACUACAGUUUGCUUCCGAACUCGAUUAGUUCAUAUGCUGAACUAGCGACAUCCUUUGCCUUUGCAACCAAGUUCUCUAGUCGCCGAUUGAUCAGAAAGACGACCUCCGAGCUCAUGCGAGUGGCCCAAAGGGAAGGUGAAUCCCUAAAAAAUUACAUGAACAGGUUCAACGAUGCUGUAUUGGAAAUCGGCUUAUUCAAUCAGGCUAUGGGAUUGGCUGCCAUAAUCCAGGGCCUUAAGCAUGAGAGAUUUCGAGACAAGGAAUAUGCCUUGUCCGGUAAGCCAACGCCGACCAAAGAGGUCAGACCCCCGACGUGGAGAGAUUCAGGGCAGAACAAGAGAUUCAAGUCUGCACAAAACAGAGGCCCAUUUCCAACUAAAAUUGACAAGGCCCCCUUGAUCGCUCCACAAUCUACAGCGAAACAAGUCGCGUGGACUGCAUUUACUCUGCCGAGGUCGCAAAUUUUAAUGCAAAUCAAGAACAAAAUGGAGCUUAGAAGACCCCUCCUUAUGCGAAGUUCACCUGCUUCUAAGGACCAUAGCAGAUAUUGCGACUUUCAUCAGGACCACGACCACACCACGAAAGAAUGCCGAAGUCUGAAGUCUGAACUUGAAAGUUUAGCUCGGAAGGGAAUGCUGAAUGAUGACAUUUCCACCAAAGACCAGCUCAAGUUCGUCAGAGAACAGGGACGGCCUCAAGCAUCUAGAGAUGCUGGCACUAGAGUUGGGGUUGGAUAUCAGCAACCACCUCCUCCACUACCUCCACCUUCACGAAUCAUUCACAUGAUAACCGGGGGUUCAGUUGACUUCGACGGUGUCGUCACGCCACACAAUGACCCACUUGUCACAUCAAUCAUUGUUAAUAACUGUGAAGUUCAGCGCGUCCUUAUCAACACAGGAAGUGCCCCAGACAUCAUGUAUUAUCAUUGCUUCGAGAGCUUAGGCCUUGACCCUGCACUCCUACAGAAGUAUGAUGGGCCCAUUUACGAAUUCAAUAAUCAGCCAGUGCCGGUAGAAGGAAUCCUCAAGCUUAAUGUGGUGUUCGGCUCAGACCACACAUAUGUUACCCCUUCAGUCCGGUUCUUAGUAGUGAAGAUGGCGUCAUCUUUCAACAUCGUCAUUGGAAGACCAGCUCUGACUGAGAUUCGAGCUGUAGUAUCGCAGUGCUGCUACAUGACUUCGGUUUCCCGACCUCGGAAGGACAAGCAGGGGACACCCCCCGAGCCGGCUCAGCCUGAGAUCCCAGCCACGCAGCUCGUAAUGGGUGUGGAACUUUUGGAUAAUAGACAUGAGGAUCAACCCAGAGCCACCCCGACGGAAGAGGUAGAAGAGGUAGCGCUUGAUGACAGGGACCCAACUAAGAAGACGCAGAUUGGGACGAAGCUGAACUUGAAAGAGAGGGAGGAGCUCAUUAGUUUUCUUAAGGCAAACAAAGAUGUAUUUGCAUGGACCUCGGCCCACAUGCCCGGGAUACCCACUUCGGUCGCCGUACAUAAACUAAACACCCAUCCUCUGAAAAAGCCCGUAGCACAGAAGAGACGCCUGUUUGACGGUGAGAGACUAGAAGCAAUCAGGGCAGAAGUGCAAAAGCUCCUCCAGGCAGGAUUUGUAAGGAGGGUGGAUUACUGCGAAUGUGUCACUAAUCCUGUUCUGGACCAUCAUCCUCUGCCAAGUAUAGACAAACUGGUGGAAGCUGCAUCUGGCAAUGAAAGGCUCAGUUUUUUGGAUGCUUACUCAGGGUACCAUCAAGUCCACAUGGCACCCGAGGACGAGGUGAAUACCUCUUUCUACGCAGAAGAUGGUAACGAUUGUCUUCCGAGCUCAGAUCGGCCGAAAUUUGGAGGUCUAAGUCUCCAGGUAGAGAAUCACCUAACCGACCUUGCAGAAACAUUCGGCAACCUGCGAAAGCACAGCAUGAGGUUGAAUCCGGCCAAGUGUGUCUUUGGCGUCGAAUCAAGUAAAUUCCUGGGAUUUAUGGUCUCUCGGAGAGGGCUAGAGGUCAAUCCAGAAAAGAUCAAGGCGAUCGAAGAGAUGAAGCCACCGAAGUCAGUCAAACACGUGCAACGCUUAACUGGGAGGUUAGGAGCUUUACACAAGUUCAUAUCGAAGUCGGCAGACAAAUGUUUACCUUUUUUCAGAAUCCUGAGAUUCGUGGCCCAAAAAGACGAAACAAGGAAGCCUAAGAAGUUUGAAUGGACCCCAGAGUGUCAAACAACCUUCAAUGAACUCAAAUUGUACCUCGGUUCCCCACCUCUGUUAACUAAGGCCGAAGAAGGUGAAAUCCUUUAUCUCUACCUCGAGAUAUCCGAUGCAGCUAUCAGUUCGGUCUUGGUCAGAGAAGUAGGAAGACAGCAGAAGUCGAUAUAUUACGCCAACAAGGUGUUACAGGGGGCCGAACUGCGGUACUCAAUUGCAGAAAAGGCAGCGCUGGCAGUCGUUACCACCACAAGGAAGCUAAGACCCUACUUUCAAGCGCACCCUAUUAUUGUGCUAACUGAUCAACCCUUGAGGCAAAUUUUGCAGAAGCCAGAGUGCUCAGGCCGAUUAAUUAAGUGGGCAGUGGAAUUGGGGGAAUUUCAGAUCACUUUUCAGUCGAGGUCCUCCAUUCGAGCUCAAACCUUGGCAGACUUUGUUGUAGAAUGCAUGACAAAUGACAAUAGUGACAAUUCUGAAGCUGAAUCAUGGACCCUUUAUGUUGAUGGGUCAUCAAGUAGAAAGGGAUCGGGCGCUGGAGCAGUGUUGACGAGACCAGAUAACUUCCGAAGUGAGCACGCCCUGAGAUUCAAUUUCGAAGCAACAAACAACAUGGCCGAGUAUGAGGCACUUCUUCUUGGACUUCGCUUGGCAGCAGAGCUCAAGGUUAAAUCCCUGCAAGCUUAUAGUGACUCACAGCUCGUAGUCAACCAAGUAAAUUCUACAUGUAAGGUCACCGAUCCUAUUUUAGCCAAGUAUUUAGCUGUGGUCUCCAAGCUGAAGUGCCAAUUCGAGAGUAUUGAUCCCGAAACCCCGAGUUGGAUAGAUCCCAUCAAGGCCUACCUUCGAGAUGGAACUAUCCCCGAUGACAAGAGGGAGGAAAUGAAGCUGCGGAAAAAAGCAUCUCGUUACACCUUGCUUGAUGGCAUCUUAUACAAGAGGUCGUACUCCCUCCCUCUUCUCCACUGCCUAACUCCCUAUGAAGUCGAGUAUCUCCUCCGCAAGGUGCAUGAAGGCAUAUGUGGCAGCCACCUCCGAGCUCGGACUCUGGCUCACAAAGUACUCCACCAAGGUUACUACUGGCCUAACAUGCAGGAAGACGCCAAGAAAUACGUGCAAAAAUGCCAGAAAUGCCAAUUUUUUGCACACCUCACCCACAUGCCUGCAGAAGAACUCACCAAUAUAGUUGCACCAUGGCCUUUCGCCCAAUGGGGGAUAGAUCUGCUGGGUCCUUUUGUUAAAGGCAUAGUUGCUGACAACGGGCCUCAGUUCAACUGCACUUCGUUCAGAGAUUUCUGCUCCAGUUAUGGCAUUAAACUAAUAUUCACCUCGGUUUAUCAUCCCGAAGCAAAUGGCAUGGUUGAAUCUGUCAACAAAGUUAUCAUGGAAGGGAUCAAGCCGAGGUUAGACCAGCUUAAAGCUAAGUGGGUAGAUGAGCUUAACAACGUGCUGUGGGCCUACCGAACUACGUGCCGAACAUCCACAGGCAAAACGCCCUAUCAUUUGGCUUUUGGGACCGAGGCAGUGAUCCCUGUUGAACUUGGUGUCCCAAGCUUAAGAGUCAGCCAUUUCGACUCAACAUGAAAUGACCUGCUACUCCGGGAAAACCUUGACUUUCUGGAUGAAGUCCGCGAGCAUGCUCAACU